CUCAUGAAUAAUGGCCUUCAGUAAAGCUAUGAGGUGACUCCCACUGUAGUCCUGUGCUCAGCAAUCCUUACCACACCUGAAGAAGCUGCUCCAAGAGGGACCUUAAAUAAUUAUGGUGAAAGGGGAGCAGUUGGAAAGGAUUACAGCCACUAAAGCAAAGUGAAUAUGGAAGGAAUCGAUAGAGAGUAUAAAACAGUCCAUGAUAUAUAUGGAAAGGCUUGUCUCCUUUCUCACAAAGUCAUCCAAGUUUAGUCAGGGGAAAUCCUUUGAAAAAACCCAAACCCAAUGAAAUUUGCGAAUUGCUGCCCCCAAAAGUCCCCCCCAAACAGUGAAGCAAAUUCUACAGCCAUGCACAAGCUUUCCUGUCAUGUUCUCCAAUGUUUUUCUUACUACAGUCUCCUACCCAGUAACUACCAGCAGUUCCUUGCAUUGAUGUUUGCUGUCUCUGAGGUCAAUAAGGAUUUUCUUCUGCUCCCCAACAUCACCCUUGGCUUCCACAUCUACCGCCAUUUCCAGAGGGAGGAGAUUAUUUCCUUAAACAGCCUCUCCAUGCUCGGCUCACGAGGCCAAGUGGUUCCAGGUUACAAAUGUGACCUGCAGGACACUCUGCUCUCCGUCAUUGGUGGUCUCAGUGCCAAGUCUUCAAUGGAGAUGGCCUCCAUCUUCAGCAUCUUUAAGGUCCCACAGACCAUCCCCAUUGCCAGGUGUGGAAGGAAGAGGUGCCAUGCAGGAGAGAGGAGAAGAGUUCCAGAAGGCAAGCAGGUUUGCUGCUACCAAUGUGACCCUUGUCCAGAAGGGACCAUUUCUAAUCAGACAGAUGCAGCUCACUGUGAACCCUGCCCAGAAGACCAAUUUCCCAACAAGGACAAGGACCAAUGCAUUGCCAAGAAGAUCCACUUCCUUGCCUAUCAAGACACCCUGGGAUACACUUUAGUUUUUCUUGCUCUUUUCCUCUCUGUGAGCACAUCUGCAAUCCUGGUGAUUUUCCAUAAACAUCAUGACACUCCAAUCGUCAAGGCCAAUAACCGAGAUCUCACCUACAUCCUGCUGGUCUCCCUCCUGCUCUGCUUCCUCUGCUCCUUCCUCUUCAUUGGUCAACCAGGGAAGAUCACCUGUCUCUUCCAACAAUCUGUCUUUGCCAUUCUCUUUUCCCUUGCGGUUUCCUCUGUUUUGGCAAAAACUGUCAUGGUGGUUUUGGCCUUCAUGGCCACCAAGCCAGGGAACAAGACAAGGAAACUCUUAGGAAAACCACUAACUAACUCCAUUGUCAUAGCCGGUCCCCUGAUCCAAGCAGUCCUUUGUGCCACCUGGCUGGGAACCUCUCCCCCAUUUCUUAACAUGGACUUCCACUCCUUGUUUGGAGAGAUCAUCUUGGAAUGUAAGCAAGGCUCAACUGUAAUGUUUUAUAUUGUCCUCUCUUACCUAGGACUUUUGGCCUUCAUCAGUUUCACAGUGGCAUUUCUAGCUAGAAAAUUGCCUGAUAGUUUUAAUGAAGCCAAGUUCAUUACUUUUAGCAUGCUGGUCUUUUGCAGUGUUUGGAUCUCCUUCCUCCCUACCUACCUGAGCACCAAAGGGAAGUCCAUGGUGGCUGUGGAGAUCUUCUCCAUUUUGGCCUCUGGAGCUGCUCUCUUGGCUUGUAUCUUUUUCCCCAAAUGCUACAUUAUUCUGCUGAGGCCGGAUCUGAAUUGUAGAGAAAAUAUAGUAAGAAAUAAGAAUUUCUAA